CUUUGCAUUUCAUCUUCCCUCGACAUAUUUCACGCUAUCUUGUGUUUGUUUUGAUACAUUUAAGGUCCUAGCACGUGUGGGAAGGUCGAGGACGAGUUUCGGGUCGAUUGGAGGUUGAAAAGUGCCAAAAAGUGAAAAACGUCCCAAUUGCCCCGUAAUAAUGAAGCGCAGGCUUCCAUGAAGUAGCCUCAGUUCACGAUCCAGCAUUGGAUUUCAGGGUCUCCCAAGACCAUGAACUGGAACCUCAAAUAGUGAACAACGAGGCGUCCAGCGAGGUUCCAGAGGUUACUGACGACCAAGCAGUUCACGGUCUCUAGGACCGUGAACUUUGAGUGCAAACCGUGAACCCUGGAGAGUGAAGCGGUGCGUUUUGGAGACGACACUGAGUUCACGGAUGGUUAAGGUGUUCACGAUCGUGAACAGAGGCAGGCCGUGAACUAGGCUCGACCUGGGUAUAAAAACAUCAGAGGAAGGAAGAAGAAGGGAGAGCUGGUUAUUUGGAGAAUGAACACUUUCUUUCUCUAGGGUUUCAAACCAAAACACCAAAGGGGAGUUCUAGAGAGUGAGAGAGUGAUCUUAGAACUUAAUUGAAAGCAUUGAUCAAGCUUGGAAGCUAGGAAUCAAGCCUAGAAGAAGAAGAUGAAGAUCUAGAGGUUUGUUUGUAAUCUCUCCUCUCUCUCUAGAAACUCACCCUAUUCUCUUGGGUUUAAGAACCCUGGGUCUAGAUUUGGGUUUAAUGUUGAUGUAUCUGAAAAACUCCAUGAUUGAUUGAUGAUUUUACUUAAUCGUUAGAUGUUUCCAUGAAUGGCAUGAGUUGGGUUUCCAUUUUCAUGUAUUGAGAUUUUGACCUAGGAGGGAGAUAAUAUCCUAAGAGCCCCCUUUUGGCGUCUUCGGGUCACUCCUAUCGUAUAUUGUCCGGGUAUUCCCCGUGGAAGUUGAUUAGACCUGUCUCCUAGCAUUAUACGAAACCCUAGGGUGAAUAGAGCACUACCCAUCCAUCGAUUUGUCAUUCCGGGUCGUUCCCGAGGGAGUCCAUCUCCAAUUGGUAGUGUAGUUGAGUCGAUCGAGCUAGGAGGAUACCCAACAUCGAUCCAAAGAACGAACCAAGGACGAUUGAACCCAAGAGAUCUCCCCACCUUCUAAGUAGCUAGGUUAGUGGUUAGUCUAGGUUAGUUAGUUUAAUUCUAUCAAUCACUAUCCUAGGUUGGCUAGAUAACGAACCCUAAACCUGAAGUAGGGUAAGCCUAUAUCACUGUGGUACGAUAAAUUCUUAUUGCUUGCUUGCCCUAUGCUACACGCAGUCGACGGUUAUACCUGGAUGUCGAUCGGGAUCUUGUUGUUAGAACGAGUCAAAUUUUUGGUGUCGUUGUUGGGUAACAAUUCUAGGUUAUUUGAACAAGUGUAAGGUCGUUACUUUAGCCGUUUUAUUUUGUGUUUUGUUUUUGUUGACCCACUCUUCACUUAGAAGGGUGGUUUGUGUUUGUUUGACUUUGUUUUUGUGUUUUUAGGUUGAAUCAUUGAUCCUCUUGGAUUCUACAAUAUGUGGGGGUAUUCACAAUCACCCGAAUGGGGGUACCCUGGAUCUUCAUGGAGUAGUCAAGAAGGUGGAAGCCAAGGAACCGGGUUCUAUGAUCAAGCUCCCUUCCAAGAAGAAGAACCAUACCAUUGGGGAUAUGAAGAGGCUUCCCCAUAUGAAGAAAACUCCCCUCCUCAAGUCGAGGAGAAAUCCAAGUUGGAGUUGGCAAUGGAAGCUUUCAUGGGGCAUUCUUCAAGACCAUGUGCCACUCCACAACCUGAGCCGAAGAGCCAAUUGGAGCACAUGGUGGAGCGGUUUGUUCGAGGCACCAAUGAAGGGUGCUCGAACUUGAAUCUCCCACAACCCAAAGCGAAGUCCAAGUUGGAGCUUUCCAUGGAGAAUUUUGCAAGAACAAGCUCCAACACGGAUUUCCAACCCCUCCCUCCUCUCGGUUUGACACUAGAAGAGAAGGUGGCACAAGCUUGUGCAAGCUAUCGCCUCUCAUUAUUGGAGGAGAAGCUUGUGCAAGCUAUAGCCUCUCAUUAUUGGACGAGAAGGUGGAACGGGCUUAUGCAAGCUGUAGACACCCCAUUUUGUCCGAGUUAAUACAUAAUCAACUAGGAAACUUUAAUUCUUUUAAUAUUGAUAAUUGCGAUUCUUACUCGUCCUUUUUAUCUAAAUAUUUAAAUUAUUACAAAUUUGUGAGUAUUCACAUAGACACAACGGGACUGGCAGUAGCCAAUCUAAGAAUGGUUCAAAGUUGCUUGCGUUGGAUCGCCAUGGUAUUUUUCGAUGGAGUUUUGGGUGUCUUAAUCCUCGUUUAAUCAAUUCAAUAGAGUUGAUUGAUUCAAUGUCAUGCGCGAGAUUGACUCUCCAUUGAAUUUAAAAAAAAAAGAACAUUCCAUUAUCACAAUUACAAUUCAUCACAAUAGUGAUUGAUAAGAAUAAAAAGAAGCCCACUACACAAAUCAAAGACCAAUACAAAAGUCAGCCCAAAUCAGCCAUCAGUCAAAGCCCAAGGCUACUAACAUCUAAGUCAAAGCUCAGGUCAGAGCCCAAACUCAAGUAAACUUAAGGUCAAAUU